AUGUCACGUUUCUUUGUUUCAGGAUAUGCAUCUGAUUCUUCAUCUGAAGAAGAAGAUUUAUUGAGUACCUCCGAAGAAGAAUUAUUAUCAUCAUCUGGAGAUGAAUCAGACAGCUCAUUUUUCAAUGAUGAUGACGAAGAUGAAUCUGACGAAUCAAGUUCAGAUGAAGAUAGUGGCCGUCCAUCAGGUCCAGCUUAUUUCUUGAAAAAAUCUUUCUUGAAAGGUUCAGCUGCCGAUUCUGAUAGUGAAAGUGAUGAUGAAGGUCGUAAAGUUGUUAAAUCAGCCAAGGAUAAAUUAUUGGAUGAUAUGAAAGCUUCAAUUGAAGUUAUAAAUUCAAAUAAAUACACUAAUAAUUGGAGUACUGUUUUAAAUGAAUUUGAUAAAUUUGGAAGAUUCUUAAUCAGAUGUAAUCAAACUAAUAUUGGUACCCCAAGAUUUUACAUUAAAUUAUUGACUAGUUUGGACAAUUCUAUUACAGAAGCUAUCAACAAUGAAAAGGAUGAUAAAACUAUGAAAGCUGAUGAAGUCAGAUCUUUCAACACUUUAAGACAAAGAAUCAAGAAACAAAUCAAAGAGUUCCAAGUUUACUAUGAUUUGUAUAAGGAAAACCCAGAAGAAUUUGAUGAUAAAGAAGAUGAAUCUUUGGAAUCUCUUCAUACUGCUGCUAUGGAAGGUGGUAAAGAUGAAAAUGAAGGUGCUAAUCUUCAACCAAGCAGAGUUUUGAGUCCUAUUUUCCACACCUUGAAGGUUAUUUCUGAAAGUCGUGGUAAGAAGAAUGUUGAUAAAAAUGAACAAGUUAGUACUUUGGAAAGUUUAUUGGAAACCCAUGCUGCUACUGGAUCUCCAUUUGAAUUGAUUUCUAUUUACCAAAUGUUGUUAUCUAUUAGAUUUGAUGCAUCUUCAUAUCAAGCCUUUAUGCCAGUUGACCAAUGGAAGAAAAAUGAAGAAGAUUUGGGUAAAUUAUUAGACUUGUUGGAAGCUAACAUUGAUAAAUACCAAGUUUCUGAAUUGGGUACCACUACUGACGAUAUUGAUAUUGAACCAGUUGCAAAUGCUAAUGGUGUUAAAGUUCUUUUCGGUUCUAUCACUUCUUCUAUUGAUAGAUUGGAUGAUGAAUUUACUAAAUCAUUACAAAACACUGACCCACAUUCUACUGAUUAUGUUGAAAGAUUAAAGGACGAAACUACUAUCUACAAUUUGAUUGUUAGAGGUCAAGUUUAUGUUGAAUCCAUUACUCCAAAGGAAUUUGUUCACCAAAGUGAGCAAUUGGCCAGAAUUGUUUUGAGAAGAUUGGAACACGUUUACUACAAACCAAACCAAUUGAUUAAAGCCAAUGAAGAAGAAGCUUGGAAGCACAUCAAGGGUGACUCAUCUAUUGUUGCUAAAGGUUCGGCUCCAAAUGUUGUCAUUGAUGGAUUAUCUAAAUUCUUGCAAGAACAAGAACACAAGAUUUACGGUAAGCAUGCUAUACUAUUCUCUACUUACUACUAUGCUGUCAAUAACCAAUAUCAAGAAGCUAAAGAAUUGUUCUUGUCAUCACAAUUCCAUGUCAAUAUUAAUUCUGCUGAAUCUUCAUUACAAGUUCAAUACAACCGUGCUUUGGUUCAAUUAGGUUUGAGUGCUUUCAGAUCCGGUCAUAUUGAUGAAUGUCACAAAAUCUUGAAUGAAAUUGUCAACUCUCAAAGAGCUAAGGAAUUAUUGGGACAAGGUUUCAACUCCAAAUUCCCUAACCAAGCUACUGUCGUUGAAAAACAAAAAUUGUUGCCAUUCCAUCAACAUAUUAACUUGGAAUUAUUGGAAUGUGUUUUCAUGACUUGUUCUUUGUUAAUUGAAAUUCCAACUUUGGCUGCCAUCGCUCACAACCACAAGGAUCCAAAACGUAAGAAUCAAUCCUUGAAAUCCUUCAAGAGUAAAUUAGAAUUCCAUGAUAGACAAUUCUUUACUGGUCCACCAGAAAGUAUCAAAGAUCAUAUUGUUCAUGCAUCUAUUGCCUUACAAAAGGGUGACUGGUCCAAGAGUUAUAAAUUGUUGUCAUCUAUCAAGAUUUGGAAAUUAUUCCCAGAUACUGAAGAUUUGUUAACUAUGAUGAAGAACCAAUUACAAAUUGAAGGUUUGAGAACUUAUAUUUUCACUUAUAAAUCAGUUUUCACUAAAUUGUCCAUUGAAAAAUUACUGAAAAUUUUUGAACUUUCUGAUAAAGAAAUUGUUGCUAUCUUGAAUAAGAUGAUUGAAUCUGGUGAUAUUAAUGGAGAAAUUGUUGAUGAAAAAUUCAUCAGCUUUGUUGCUUCUACUACUGAACCACAAAGAUCUAAAUUACAAGAAUUGGCUAUUGUUUUGAAUGAAAAGAUUCAAUUAUUAACUGAAAAGAAUGAAAAGACUCAAUCUAACGGUUACGGUAAGAAACAAAACCAACCACAACAACAGCAACAACAACAAAAAGAUGGCCAACAACAACAACAACAACAAUCAUCAUCUACUCCACAACCUCAAUCUCAACCACAACAACAAUCUACUCAUACUACAGAAGAACAUUCUAAUAAAUUCAGAUAUGCUAACGUUAACUCCAAUAAUGAUGAAUUCCAAGCUACCGCAUAA